UGGACGCGACGGUGCCGUCCACGCCGGCUGUGGGUAGCCCAGCCGUGUUCGGCUGCCACCUUCCCGUGGCUGCUCGGAAAGAAGCGGGAGGGCAGUGGAGACUGGCCUCGGUGCCUGGGACCCCGCCGUGAGCCUCCGGGGCUAGUGGAGCGCGGCCGGCGCCCAGGGUCACCCCUGAGGCAUCCCGGCCCAGGAUGGCCGCGGCGCUGGUGGACCUGGCGCAGGGGUCUGUGACCUUCGAGGAUGUAGCUGUGACUUUCACCCAGGAGGAGUGGGGACAACUGGACCCAGCUCAGAGGACCUUGUACCAGGAGGUGAUGCUGGAGAACUGUGGGCUCCUGGUCUCACUGGGGUAUCCUGUUCCCAAACCUGAGCUGAUCUUCCAGCUGGAGCACGGGCAGCAGUUGUGGACAGUGAUGAUAGACCUUUUUCAGAGCACCUGUCCAGGUGACAGUGGAAAACCUCAGGCCACCGAACCUACUACUUGUGAGCCAGCCUUGUCUGAGGGUGCCUCACUCCAGGGACUGUUAACACAAGGGGCCUCAGGGUGCUCCCAGGUGGUGGCAGCCAGAGGUCAGGAUGGGCCAUCAGCAGUGCAGGAAGGACUCUUGAGACCAGGUGUAGAGCUGCAGGAGAGGCUUCCUGGGAAAAGUAUCCCUAAACCUGGUGGUUCAGGGGCAUCUGAGGACAUUUGUUCAAGGAUUGUACAGGACCCUGUCUGUCUAGGAGAUGCUCUUCAUGACUGUGACCCACUGAUCACUGCUAUGGAUCCCAUGAGUCAGGAGAAUGAAAACAUCUUCAAAUGCAGUGAAUGUGGGAAAGUGUUUAACAAGAAACGCCUUCUUGCCCGACAUGAGAGGAUUCACUCUGGAGUGAAGCCCUACGAGUGCACGGAGUGUGGGAAGACCUUCAGCAAAAGCACAUACCUCCUUCAACACCACAUGGUCCACACAGGGGAGAAGCCCUAUAAAUGUAUGGAGUGUGGAAAGGCCUUCAACCGCAAAUCACACCUUACUCAGCAUCAGCGGAUCCACAGUGGGGAGAAGCCCUACAAGUGCAGCGAGUGUGGAAAGGCCUUCACCCACCGCUCCACUUUUGUCUUGCAUAACAGGAGCCACACUGGAGAGAAACCUUUUGUGUGCAAAGAAUGUGGCAAAGCCUUUCGUGAUAGGCCGGGCUUCAUUCGACACUACAUCAUCCACAGUGGGGAGAAUCCCUAUGAGUGUUUUGAGUGUGGCAAGGUCUUCAAGCACAGAUCAUAUCUUAUGUGGCACCAGCAGACUCACACUGGGGAGAAGCCCUACGAGUGCAGCGAGUGUGGGAAGGCCUUCUGUGAGAGCGCGGCCCUGAUCCACCACUAUGUCAUCCACACCGGGGAGAAGCCCUUCGAGUGCCUCGAGUGUGGGAAGGCCUUCAACCACAGGUCCUACCUCAAGAGGCACCAGCGCAUUCAUACUGGAGAGAAGCCUUAUGUGUGCAGUGAGUGUGGGAAGGCCUUCACCCACUGCUCUACUUAUAUCUUGCAUAAAAGGGCCCACACUGGAGAAAAACCCUUUGAGUGCAAAGAAUGUGGGAAAGCCUUUAGCAAUAGGGCAGACCUCAUUCGCCACUUCAGCAUCCACACUGGGGAGAAGCCCUACGAGUGCAUGGAGUGUGGGAAGGCCUUCAACCGCAGGUCAGGCCUCACGAGGCACCAGCGUAUUCAUAGUGGGGAGAAGCCCUAUGAAUGCAUCGAGUGUGGGAAAACCUUUUGCUGGAGCACAAACCUCAUUCGACACUCUAUUAUCCACACUGGAGAGAAGCCCUAUGAGUGCAGUGAGUGUGGAAAGGCCUUCAGCCGCAGCUCAUCCCUCACUCACCAUCAAAGGAUGCACAGUGGCAGAAACCCUGUCAGCGUUGCAGAGGAGGGGUCACCUUUCCCAAGUGCUCAUGCCUCUGUCAACAUUCAGGAACUUCUAUUAGGGGAUGACUUUGUGAAUGUAACUGAUGAGGAAAAGCGUUUGAAAGAGGAAACAUCCUGCAUGGCAUCUGAUCAUUCAUACCAAAGAGAAAACCCACAAAUGUCUUCAUUAUAAGAAAACCUUAUUAUUUGUUAUCUGAAGACUCAUUAGAAAUUGACUUAGCUUACAACACUGUUCUCCAUCUGAGAAUUCAUCUCAGGAGAGAGAGACAGAGGUUAUUUGCACUUAGGACUACUUUCAGAUGCAUCUUUCUUCUCAUUUACAGUGCAAUGUUAUCUCAGGAAUGUUUAUAAAAAGGAAGUGAUAUAGAGUGAAACAUAGGCACUGCUUCUUUCACACUGUUCCACUCAGUCUAUGGGACUUGUUCAUGGAUUUCUUUGUUUAUUUGGGUGGAGAGGGUUCUGGUUUAGGAGACAAAGAACCUUGACUGUCUUGUAUAUGCAUUCAGUGCUGUCCAGUGUUGAGAGGUAGGAAGUUGAGGGCAAGUCUAGAAACUUACUAAAUGUCCUCCUUAUUGUACAACAUUGUCUCUGUUCUUGUGGAGCAUACGUUUUUAAGAAGAAUAUGAAGGUGUGAGUGCAGUGAAUGUGGGAAUACUUUUAUAUUUAAGGGAAUAAGGAAACAUGUUUUUAUGUUUGUGUGUGUAGUGCUAGGAAUUGAACCCAGGGCCGCAAGCAUAUUAAGCAUGCAAUAUACCACUGAGCUACAUCCAGCCCCAGGGUAUACAAAUGAAUGGACACUUGCUUAUGGCACCACUUAAGACUGGCAAACUCUCUUUAAUAUGGUUUCAAACACCACUCAGAAUUUUUCUUGAUCCCCUCUUUUUCGUUUACUUGAAGCUAUGCAGUAAGUCUUAAAAUUGGGUAAAAUGAUUCCUUUUCUUUCUUUUAUUUCAAGUUGAUUUAGUACUUUUUUUUUACUUUCCACUUUAGGAUUUGUUUUUCUGAUAUCGUAAUGAAAUACCAGAUAUUUGAUAGAUGUUGAGUUAAAUCUAGAUCAGGUUUUUGAGAAUUGUAUCUUUCUAUUGUGGUGAGUCAUCCCUUUAUGAAUGUGGUUUUAUGAACAUGGUAUAUCAUUUUGUUUAUUUAAGUAUUCCUUGACUUAUUCCUUUACUGUUUUAUAAUUUAUAUUAUAUAGCUCUUGUAUAUUUUUAAUGAGAUUUAUACCUUUUUUUAGCAGUUAUAAAAUUAAUAUUUAAACUUUCAAUUUCCACAUGAUGUUUGGCAGUAUGCAGAAAUGUAAUUAGUUUUUGGAUAUUGUCUUACUAUCCUUCAACUUUGCUGAAGUAUAUCUAGCAUUUUUUAUAUAUGUUUUGCUAGAGAAUCCUUUGGAUUUUAAACAAAGAAAUGUCCUCUGUAAAUAGAAUCUUUUCUUUCCCACCUUGCAUAUCUUUUAUUUCCCUUAUUUUAUUGCACUAGCUAGGAUUUUCAGUAUGAUGUUGAAUAUGAUUAGUGAGAACUCAUCCAUACUAGUAGGGAAGAAAUGUUCAGUUUCUCAUAAAUAAUGAUGUUGAACAUAAGAUUUAUUUUAGCCAAAAAUAGAAAUUUUUUUUCUAUUCUGAAUUUGCUGAGAUUUUUUUUAUUACUGAUUGUUCAAAUUCGUCAAAUGUUUUUUCUCAAUCAUUUGAUAUGAUCAUUAUAUGUUGCUUCUAUAUUCUGUUGAUAUGAUAUGUCAUAUUAAUUUGAGAUUUGAAUAUUUAGCCAGACUUGCAUCCAUGGAAUAAUCCCCAGUUGGUCAUGGCAUGUGAUUUUGUCUACCAUUAUUCCAUUUGCUAGUGUUUUGUUGAGGAAAAUUUCCCUGAUUUCAUUAAUUAUAAGGAAGCUGUAGUUUUCUUCAUUGCUUUUGGACUGUCUUCAUCUGGUGUCAGGGUGGUGCUCAUCUCCCAAUAUGAAUGGGGAACCAUUCUUUUCUUUUCAGUUAUUUGGAAGAUAAUUUGUAGAAUUGGUGUAAUUCCCGUAAUGCUUGGUAGUAUUCUCCAGUGAAGCAUUUGGACCUGGAGGUUUUUCUUUAAGAUGUUUAAUUAUAUAUUUAUUUUAUUUUAUAUGUAUAGAACUUAUAAGAGUAUUUCAUAUUGGAUAAAUUAUCAUGGUUCUUUUCAAGGAAUUGUUUUAUUUCAUGCAAAUUAUUUAAUUUGUUUGAACUAUUUUCUAUUAUCCUUUGAUUGCAGCAGGAUAUGUUCUUAUAUGCCCUGUUUUACUUCUGAUAUUGGAAAUAUAUCCAUUUUCUCUCUCUCUUCUUUGUUUCACAGUACUCUGGAUGGAACCCCAGGGUGCUCUAAUGCUGAGCUCCAUCCCCAGCCCUUUUUGUUUUGAGACAGGGUCUUCCCUAAGUUGCCCUGGCUGGUCUUGAACUUAUGAACUUCCUGCCUCAGCCUCUUCAGUAGCUGGGAGUGUAUCCAUUAUAGCCAUUCUCUUUUUGUCUUUGUAAUCUUUUUAGAUUUUUUCAAUUUUCUCAGUUAUUUAAAAUUGUAUCGAUUUUUUUUCUCUACUAUGUGUUCUUAAUUCAACCCAUUUCUUGGAUCUGUGUUAUAUCCUUUCUUCCACCUAAUUUAUUUAUAUUUGGCUCUAAUUAAUUUCUCAAAGUGGGUGCUUCUUGAUUUGAAGCCUUUUUCUUUUCUAAUGUAAGCAUGAAAUUCUUUGAAUUUGAAUCACAGUACUGUUAGCUUCAUCUUAAUUAGUUUUAAUUAUAUUUCUCCAAUUUUGAAAUUCUUGGUGAGAUUUCAUUUUUAAUGAAUGAAUUAUUUCGAAGUUGUUUAAUUUCUUAGUGUUUUGAAUAUUUCCUUUUAUCUAUUUAUUGUUGAUUUCUAACUUGUUUCACAUUUGCCCUGUUUAUAUUUGUUAAAGUCUUUCAUGACCUGUUUUGUAUGGCUUCUUGCAAAAAAAAAAAAUGCAUGUUCUGCUGUAAUUGGGUGGAAUUUCUGUAGAGAUCCAGAUGAUCCUGUUUGUUGGUAAUGUUAUUCAGAUUACCAAGAGAAUGGUGUUAAACUCCUGAACUAUAUGAAUGGAAGUAUCUGUUCCUCCUUGUAAGUUCUAUCAAUUUUUCUUUCAUAUACUCACAGCUCUGUGUUUGGUACGUAUAUACAUGUAAGUUUACUAAGACUUCUUUGUGUAUUGGCCUUUUUAUAACUUUUUCUGGUGGAGGUGGGGUACUGGGGAUUGAACUCAGGGCCACUCAACCACUGAGCCACAUCUCCAGCUCUUUUUUGUAUUUUAUAUAGAGACAGGGUCUCACUGAGUUGCUUAGUGUCUCACCAUUGCUGAGGCUGGCUUUGCCAUCCUCCUGCUUCAGAUUCCCAAGCCACUGGGAUUACUGCGCCUGGCUUUUAUCAUUUUUUAACAUCCUGGUUUUGCCCCUGUAAGUACUUUUAGCUCUGAAGUAUACUUUAUCUGAUAUUUGUAUAUUCACUCUUACAUUUUUUUUUUUUUUUGGCUAAUCCUCAUAUCCUUUAUAUUUUUUCAUUAUUUUAUUUCAGACUCUUUACAUAUUUGAAACAAGUUUCUCAUGAAUAGCAUACACACUGAUUCUGCUUUUACAUCCUUUUUAUAUAUUUGUCUUUUAAUUGGUAUAUUGAGGCCAUUUAAAGUAAUUAUCGAUUUGCUAGCAUUCACAGCUCCAUUUUAUGAUUUGAAUUUAUUUUCCCUGCUAACUGUUCCUCUCUUGUGUUUGUUGUUUUCUUCCCUUUGGUUAAUUCACCUUAUUUUAGAAUUCCAUGGAUGUAUCUGUAGUGUUGUAUGUAUUCUAUCCAAUAAGCAAUUUUACUUCUCAGGGUCAUCAUGGCCAUUGUUUUUAUAAUUUUUCUUGUUUCCCACAAAUGAAUGAAUUCUCCUCAAGGCAUUUUACUGUCAGUGGUCUAUAGAGCUUCCCAAAAUCAUGUUUCCCGGUUGAACAUUUCUCAUGUCCUUUACCCACUGAUCAUCCUGCAUCUUACUGUAUUCAUACACACUGAUCCCAGUAUGUAUGUAUCCACCAUGUGGCUAUAGGUGAGCAAUCAUAUAAGAUCAAGCAAACAUGGUAUUACUAUGUGUUAGAGAUUGGGAAGUUUUACAUGUACCAACUGUUUUUGCCGCAGUCUGGCUGGGCACAAAAUAACCGAGCCGCCACGAAGCACUUGUAGGUUCAAACAGCAACUCUUUAUUCCCGAACUCCACCAGCACACUCCACACACACUCCCGGGAACUCUCUCACCCUCCACCAGGCUCCAGGCGAACUCUCGGAACCCGCUAGAACUCCAUGGGAACUCCAAAGUAGCGGGCACCCGAGGCAGCAGGACCCGCCCUAUUUUCGGACUGCAGGGUCCAUAUACAACUCAAUACACAGUCUGUUUCAAUCCAGCAUCAUCCAGUCACAGCAAUUAUAAUUAUCAUCAACUUAAUGGCUCGCUCUUAACCACUCCUUCUGGCGCCAUCCAGACUCAGCUGUGGCCCUCAACAGUUCUAACCUUUAUAACAUCCUUUUUUUGGGGGGGUGUUACUGGGGAUUGAACUUAGUACAGUAAUUACAGGGACGCUCAACCACUGAGCCACAUCUCCACCCCUAUUUUUUUUUUUUUAAGAGAUAGGGUCUCACUGAGUUGAUUAGUACCUUGCUUUUGCUGAGGCUGGUUUUGAACUCACAAUCCUCCUGCCUCAGCCUCUUGAGCUGCUGGGAUUACAGGUCUGUACCACUGUACCCAGCUCCUUUAUAACAUCUUUAUGUAUUAGUUAUUUUCCCAUUUUAUAGAAAGAUGAGGGAAUAUGCCAAAGGUUACCCAUUUGUGAAACUUGAGCUUAGGGACUGGAGGCAAUGUUGGUUGACUCCAGAAUAAAAAACUUAUUGCCUAUUAUGGGGUGGA